AUGGAUUUAGAAGACAAUGCAUUGGGUUUGACCCAGGAACAAACUGAAAAAAUGUUGCAAUUCCAAGACCUUACAGGCAUCGAAGAUAUAUCAAUAUGCAGGGACGUAUUACAAAGGCAUCAGUGGGAUUUGGAGGUUGCAAUACAAGAACAGCUCAAUAUUAGGGAAGGUCGGCCAUCAGUAUUUGCUACAGAAGCAAGAGCUCCUCCGGUAGUACAUGAUCACAUUGCUCAGCAAGUUUUUACAGAUGAUGGAUCAGAAGGGCCUGGAGGAGUGAGGGGACUUUUCCGUUAUGUUGUCAACUUAGUUGUAUCAAUGUGUUACAGCACUAUAACUUCUGUAUUGAAUUUGCUGCUAAGUUUUGUAAGAAACGAUGAUAGAAGAUUGGUUACCGACCAACUUGGUGAUGUUAUGGGUUUUAUAAACAAUUACACAUCAAGAUUCAGCCCACAUCCCGUGUUCUACCAGGGGACUUAUGCACAGGCUCUCAAUGAUGCUAAGAAUGAGCUGAGAUUCUUAAUUGUGUAUCUGCAUUCAGAAUCGGCAACAGAGACACAAAACUUUUGCAGAACAACACUCGCUGACCCUGAUGUAAUACAGUACAUAAACACACAUGCCCUGUUUUGGGGUUGUUCCAUUGAUACUUCAGAGGGUUGGAGAGUAGCUCAGUCUGUGGGGGGUCGCAGAUAUCCCUUGAUGUGCGUUGUAUGUGUGAGAGACCAUCGUAUGACGGUGGUAGCUAGGAGUGAAGGGGCUUGCGCGCCUCAACAGCUGUUACAACGACUACAAAGAGUCGUUACUGAGAAUGAGCCACAUCUCGCCGCAGCUAGGGCUGACAGAGUGGAACGCGAGGUGACGGCGCGUCUGCGUGCGGCUCAAGACGAGGCUUACGCGGAGUCGCUGGCGGCUGAUCAGGAGAAGGAGAGAAAGAGGGAGAGAGAGAGAGAGGCCCGGGACCAGCUAGAGAGAGACACACUACACAGACAGAUGAUGGAGGAACAGCAUCGACAACAGGUGAUUGAGGCUCGUGCGGCUAUGGCGGCCAAUUUGCCCGAGGAGCCGGCUUCAGGAUCGUCGGCCGUAGCGUUACUCAUACGACUGCCGUGCGGAGAGAGACUCACGAGGAGGUUCUACCUUGUGAAUACUACGCAGGAUCUUUAUAACUUCGUCUUCAGUCAUCCGCAGUCUCCCGAGGAGUUUGAGAUCACAACUAAUUUCCCUAAACGUGUAAUAGCCAGAGGUCCGUCGACCUUAACGGACGUGGGUCUCAAGGAUCGCGACGUGCUGUUCGUUAAUGAUACAAACGCAUAA